GUGAGAGAGAGAGAGAGAGAGAGAGAGAGAGAGCGAGAGAGAGAGAGAGAGAGAGAGAGAGAGAGCGAGAGAGAGAGAGAGAUGAUCGAUCGAUCGAUACACACAAACACACACGAGUUGCGUGACCACGAGCCAAGAAGAAUCUUGGAAUAUGUCUGACAACCAAGGAAUGGAGAACAACGACGAAGAACAACAACUUCUCGGUGCCGCGGGUGGGGAAGAUGUCAUAGAUGAUCCCAUCCUAGAGCAGGGAGCAAUUGUCCUCAGAGGGAGCGGAGAGCACAUGCUGGACGAGGUUCAUCGAACCUGGUAUGUGAUUGAGAGAAUAAAUACAGAAGACCCCUGUCGACAAGUUACUUCUGAGGAUUUGGGUGGACGUUCAAAUGAACAACAGGAUCCACAAAUCAAAGAAGUUGUGGAACAACUACUUAAGAUUGCUGAUGAAUUGAACCGAAAUGCAGAGCUCCAACGACUAAUCAACCAGGUUCAAGGAAACUGUGCUCGGGAUAUUUUCAUGAAAGUGGCCAGGAACAUCUUUGCUGAUGGCAUCAACUGGGGUCGAGUUGUGGCUCUCUUCCAUCUAGCAUACAGACUCAUUUACAAGAAAAUCAUGGUACAACAAUUUUUGAAGAAAAUCUUGUCACGGAUGGAGUGUGGAAAGGAGCAGGGCGACCAAGUGCAGCUUGGACCAGGGUUCAUUGGAGGAACUCAAAACACAGACUUGGCACUGACCACAAAUCAUCUUGAGAACAUCAGACUUAUAAUCAGCUGGGUACUCCAGGUUAUCAGAGAGAAACUCUACUUUUGGCUUGUUCAGCAGGGAGGCUGGGAAGGUGUAAUCCGUGGAUGGUCUCACUGGAGGACAGUUACCUUAGUGGCAUCAGUAAUUUUAGUGGCAACCAUUGUUUAUUAUAAACGGACACGCUGACAAACAGCGGACAAUCUUCAAUGCUUCAGUUGGGCACUAAUUGCAACCAACAUUUUCAUUUGUUUAUCGGAAAUGUUUUUUAGGCCAUUAAUUACUGUCAUUGAUAAACCAAAGAAAGGGUUAGGCCAGUGCUUCUCAUUUAUUUUCUGUGAUGCCCCCCUAGGGAGGAGAAAACAUUUCGCCCCCCCCAUGUUAUUAACAUUAAAGGAAAACAAAAAAUAAAUAAAAAGAAAGAUCAACUUACAAUGAAGAAUAACUUUAUAAAUACCAUUGAUUUUUAGUGUAACAAAACAGAUUCAAAGUGCAUCACUGAAAUUAAAAAAUAAAUUAUACUUAUUCAAACUAUAAACAUUCUUGACCAACUGCCAUUUUAUGAUGAAAAAAAUAAAAUAACAUACAUAAUAUUAAAUUAAAUAACAGCAAUAAAUAAUAUUAAAUUCAAAGUAAUCAGCAACAUUAAUUCAGGAGCACAAUACAUAAAAUAUUUUAACCUACAAAACAAAAAACGGCUGGAGGUAGUAUCAGCUCUUCUGCAAUGGUGUUUUCUUUUGCACUGAGCAAUUUGGUACGCUGCUUUAUAUGAUGCUUACAGUGCUUGCUGAUUGAUUGAAGUAGCAUUCACAAAGUGGGAUGAUUGUUCGCAAUAUUCUGCCGUUUUCGCUGAAAACCCUGUGGCAUCUUAUCAGCGUGAUUUUGGUGCAAUGACUUUAUAAUUGCCGUCUUAAUUUAUUUGACUUCAUAUUGUCCGCUGCCAACAUUGUAAGGCACAGUAAACACAACGGUCUUUCCUCGUCUCCCAUCGUAGUCACACUGGAGCUGAGCACUGGAUACGCUUUGUCAUAUUUCCUUCUCUUAGCUUUCGUGUAACUGUCAAUUCUCUUAUCUCCGUCUCUCUCCGCCGUUCUUAUCAACCCUGUUCAAUAUUUUUCCAUGGUGUCCCACUGCACUUUUUAUUGCCUGCUCUGUGCUGUGCUGUGUGUGCGUGUGUUAUGUGCGCUCUACACUGUAGAGCGAAUACUUUUCCAGUGCUACCGCCACUCCCACCUACUGCAGUGGAUGUCUAAUUACCCUUUAAUCUAGUACAGCCAAAAGAAAAGCAUGUUCCCUGGUUUCACACGUGCCCCCCUUGGGAAGCACUGGGUUAGGCCAAUGACUAAAACUACUGAAGAUGUCUCUCUCAGGUUAUCCUCAAUAGAAAUGCAUGUAGACUGCCUAUGACCAUUUUGUCUUCACAGCCAUCACCAACUGCUUGAUUAUCUGGAGUUACGAUUUGCUGCUGCAAUUCUUCCACCAGAUGGCAAUAAUGGGUUUAAACAGAUUACGAAUCUAAUGACUACUGAAUAUGUCACAAGUGUGUUGUAAAUGCUUCAGUGGGUCUUGUUUUCUGGUUGCCAAUAGGUUAUUUGUAAUUGCUCAUUUUUACAGAUUGGACGGUUUUAACUAUAAUAGGUAUGGUAGUCACUGACUCAGCAUUUUAAUGGCUUUUCAUAUGCAAAAUGAAGUCAGUUUUUCUGUAUUUUCCUUUAAUAUUAAAUGUGACUCACUUGUUUCUUUUCUCCACCAUGUCCCUUAAAGAUAAAUAAACAUUCACUGGAUUUGUGUUUUUGCUAAAACAAGUAAAUUUCAUUAAGACACCUCAAUCAGCACUUUUAUAUGGUAUUUGCUCCAGAGGAGUAGUCCCCAACUUGCAGCCUGGAGGCCAUAUGCAGGGUGAUAUUUUGCGGCCUCCUAGUUGACAUCAAAGUUCAAUAUGAGGCCCACAUGUUUUUUGCUGUCAUUUCUGUUCUUGUUUCAAUCAUUAAUGGUCUACCAUAGCUCUGGCUUCUGACUUUUUUCACCGAAAUGUAGUUGAAGUGAGACCAAGCGGAAGGAAAAGAUAUCCCAUCACCUAGUCCCAGUCAUGUCUUUUGCGGUGGAGUCAAAGCUUGGUGAUAAGAACGGCCAAUUUCCGGAAAAACAGAGGUGAAAAUGCUUUUUGGUUGGUGUGGAGUAUCGGGGCACCCUAACUUUGUUGCCAAAGGCGGAAAAGCUAAAAAAUAUCUUUUCAUCACCUCUUUCACUUUAGGCAUUUCCUUUCUUAUGUUUAUUUGGCAUAAGAUGGAGCUCCAACAUAAGAGCUGGUUCACAAUACUCCCAUGAAAUUGCCAGAAUUGGCCUAAUUAGAACAGGUGUGGUGGCAGGCAAGAUAAAAACAAGCGUGUGCACACCCAUUCAGUGCAGCGGGAGAAGUGCAGGGAUGUUGGUGAGUUAUGUUUGAUUUUCAAUACAUUUAAAUAAGUGUUUAGAAAUGCCAAGGUUGUUUCAAAACCUUUCUACAUAUAAGUUAAAAAGUAAAGGUAAAAAAAAUUAGUUAUUCGUGAUAUGGCAAUUUCUACUUCAAAUGGAGCAUCUUGGGUUAAACCCAUCCUUAUUUAAAAAGUUAGUUGAAAAAUUCCUAUUUUUUUCCCCUUAAUUCUUUUUAAGGUUUUCAACCUGCUACUGCUGCUCUGCUGUAGUUGAAAGCAAAUUAAACAAAUUGAAAUUUGAAUAAAAGUUGGAAAAUCUGA